GGCGUUCGGCCCAAGUGGGGAUGGAGACGUAUGGCUGAUCCCCCCUGUUUCUACCCCACGACACGAAGCUGGUGACGACGCCCCUUGCGGUGACGACGAGUGGUUCGAGACAGUGGCUUUCACCCGAUGGCCCGUUGCGGUCAAAAGCGAGGUUCCGGCCACCUAUCGAACCCGAAAACAUUCCAAUCCAACCCACUCACUCUGAACACAAUCACUCAAAUAACAUUCCUUCCCAAGCUCUGCGAGCAAGGUCAAACAGUCUUUCCAUCUUUCAUCCCAUCUCUUCCAUACUCUACCAUUUCGGACACGAAAACCCAGUCUUUCCCACCUACAACUCAAUCCAUAAACAUCGUUUCCUCACAACAACAUCAAAAUGAACGCCUCCGCCAUCAUCGCCAUCGCUUGCGCCACUCUGGCUGCCGCUCAUCCUUUCCCUUCUUUCCAGCCUCGCGCUGGUGACUCUCACGUCCCCACCGUCUCCGGAAUCGACCUGGAAUAAAUAAACUCGGAACCGGGCCUGCCAAACCAACACCAAGUCCUUCGACACGAUUCACAGACGACUCGAACAAUCAUUUUCAUAUACCCAAAGCUCAAGCGUCAGCAUCGAAGAACUGGAAUCGAAAUUGGUGGCAACGGCCUCCGGACGACAGCAUGAUUCAUUCAGUCUUUGCAUGGCGUCGUUUUACUCGAACAGCGACGAAACCGUGGGUCAAGCCCCGUAAACAAAAAGCUUGGCCUUGCUGUUUCUUUGUCAACGGAUCACAUUAGAACAGGCGUUAGAAGGUGUUAAAUUAGAUAGAAAUCAAUAACAAAAAAUGAAACCA